AUGGCCAAACGAAAUCGAAAGGACGACUUCCUGAAGGAGUUCCACGAAUUGAACCUUCAGAGCCGGACCUUCACCAUGGGAACUCGAUGGGCGAACCCCCCAACCUGGGGACAGUUGAAGAAGAUGACUCAAGAAGCUGAAAAUAUCUUGACCCAGACUAGGCAGCCUCGUACCCCUGCAUCUCUCUUUCUAGCCAUGUUGGCGGUGGUUACCUGCCAGAGAGUUGGACAGGGCAGGAGGGUUGGUGAAUGGACUGACAGACACCCAUCCAUCCCGUUCAUUCCCCUAGAUCCCUAUGCCUUCAGUAUCUGUAAUACCUCUAGUUUUUCUAACUAUACCCAUGGAGGCAUCAUCAGUCAGGUCAGAGUACCUAAGAAGAUCAGCUUUAAAUCCUUGCCAGCCUCACUGGCAGAGCCAGACUUUGUGGUAACAGACGCUGCCAAGUACUCUCACCCUGCCCAGCUGCACAUUGGCUUCCAGGCCCUGCACCAGUUCUGUGCUCAGCACAGCCGUUCCCCUCGGCCCCACUCUGAGGAGGAUGCAGCAGAACUAGUGACCCUAGCACAGAUGGUGAAUGCCUAAGCCCUGCUGGUGGUGCAGCAGGGCAACUUGGAUGAAGAGCUCAUUCAGAAACUGGCAUACGUGGCUGCUGGGGAUCUGAUCCCUAUAAAGGCCUUCAUGAAGGCCUGCUCUGGGAAGUUUAUGCCUAUUAUGCAGUGGCUGUACUUUGAUGCCUUUGAGUGUCUCCCCGAGGAUAAAGAGGUCCUCAUAGAGGACAAGUGUCUCCCGUGCCAGAACAGUUACAAUGGGCAGGUGGCUGUAUUUGGCUCAGACCUACAAGAGAAGUUGGGCAGGCAGAAUUACCUCUUGGUGGGUGCAGAGACCGUUGGCUGUGAGCUGCUCAAGAAUUUUGCCAUGAUUGGUCCAGGCUGUGGGGAGAGGGGAGCAGUCACCGUUACAGACAUGGACGCCAUUGAGAAGUCCAACCUGAACCGACAGUUUUUGUUCCGGCCUCGGGAUGUCACGGUUUCCUACCGUUAUAUCUCCAUCUACAUGCCUUUGCAAAAUUUUUGGCUCAAGGCCAUGCUACCCAGCCCAGAGAUACUCCCUGGGUUCAAGAUGUACCCCAUCAACUUUGAGAAGGAUGAUGACAGCAACGUCCAUGUGGAUUUCACUGUGGCUGCAUCCAGCUUCCAGGCAGAAAACUAUAAUAUUCCUCCUGUAGACUGGCAUAAGAGCAAGCUGGUUGCGGGCAAGAUCAUCCCAGCCAUUGCCACAACCUCAACAGCUAUAGUUGGCCUUGUGUGUCUGGAGCUCUACAAGGUGGUACAGGGACACCAACAGCUUGAGUCCUAUAAGAACAGCUUCAUCAACCUGGCCCUGCCCUUCUCCAGCUCCUCCGAGCCCUUUGCUAUGCCUUACAAUAACCAAGAGUGGACAUUGUGAGAUCACUUUGAGGUACAGGGGCUACAGCCUAAUGGUGAAGAGAUGACCCUCAGACAGUUCCUCAACUGCUCUAAGAGAGAACACAAAUUAGAGAUCACCAUGCUGUCCCAAGGAGUGUCCAUGCUCUACUGCUUUUUUCAUGCCAGCUACCCUCUUCUCUCUCACCCCAGAUUGAGCUGUGUGUCAAAACGAAUGUUGGGCCAGCACGUGCAGGCACUGGUGCUUGAGAGGUACUGCAUCGAUGAGAGUGGCAAAGACGUUAAGGUCUCCUAUGUACAUUACACCAUCUGCUGA